ACAUUUCUUAGAUGGUGCACCACAUUUCUCAUAUUGUGCAUACGCGCUUACUUGACUAACAGCUUUCUCCAUUCACACCAACUGAACAGGCCACCUCUCUUGAUCUCCACUCACAUAAAUUAUUUGCAAACUACAGCUUUUCAAUGGCGUCUCCAUAGUACCAGGCAGUCUUCGUUGCGGAGCCACGCAGCAUACAGUUCCAUUGAAGCCUGCAUCAAGGAACCAAAUUAGCAUCAAGGUCAUACCCAAUCACUUUCGAUCCUGAACAAGAAAUAUGGCAGCACCAGCAGGCAAUGAUGCCGCAAUACCAAUCCCACCUGAUCCACUUGCAAGCUCCACGGAUAUCAUGGGCAGCGUGAAGAAUCGUGCAAGAGUUUUCACAGAAGCCUUCAUGAUCAUGGUGUGUCCAGUGCUGCUUGCCAUUUUACGGGGUAGUGCUCAGUCUAAAUUGGCUAGCGCAGUAGCUGGUGCAGCCUUGUUUGCCGGUAUAGGCCAGUUCCUGGUUAUCUGUCCAUGGAAGGUGGUGAAGAAUUGGGCAUGCGCCACCUCAAAGAUUCUGGUCCACAGCUGCGUAGUACUUCUGAUUGGCCUCGCCUGUGUCAUUAUGAAUCUUAUCGGUCUGAAGAGUGUCCCGGGCUACGUGACCACUCUGGUGAUGGUCGGAGGUUCCUCCUUUGGUAUGUUUUGCAUGUCAUGGCGACAGGUGGACGGACAGGCAACAAUGAGCAUAGCUGCUUUUGAAGAAUUCAAGGGUUCACUUGAUGCGUCCGCAUACUUCUCGGCUGCGGUCACUGCUGUUUUGUUUCUUGGUUUAGAAGCCUUGGCGUUAGAGGGACUCAUCAAGGGCGACCUGAAGCACCUGCUUGCAUUCCCGCUGGGGUGGAGCUUCGUGACCUGCACACUAGGCAUCUUCUCAAUGCUUCUAGUGUCAGUACAUCCGCUGAUCUACGGCAACCCCGCGAUGACGUCCAUUCUUCGAGGAUCAAGUUUCGUGCUUGCCGUCUGCGUAUGUGUUGUCGUGUACUAUUUCACAGGAGCGGCAGUUGGAGAGAUCAAGGCGAUUGGAUGGUUGAGUCCAUCGGUUGUGCCCUCCGUCGUCUGGCUCUACUUAGCUAUAAUACCCUGUAUUACGGGGAACCCCACGAUCCCAGAGGAAGAACAUGAGCCUGCGUCACUGGAGCUGAUCAAGAUUACCUUUGCGGUUUUCUUGGCUGUCUCCGUAAUCAACAUUGAUACUUCGAUCGGUGACUGCACCUGGAUCAUAUUUCCUACCGCAUUAGCUAUUAUCACAGGCGUCCAAUGGAGGCUCAUGACACACUGGAAGAACGUAUCGGGUGCCGUGGCCAGGGCCGCUGAUGUUGCUUGUGUCAUGUCUCAUCUGUUCAUGGCAGUUGCGGUGAUUCCCUUUGCGCUGCUGGCAGCCACGGGUGUGACAAACCAAGAAGCCAACUCAAUAGCUACUGCUCCGAUGCCUUCGAACUAGCUAGUACAUUCACUUCACCAACUUGGAUUUGGUGAGGGCCGGUUUAUAUGAUUUCAGCUAUCAGUUUAUGUAUUUUUGACAAUUGAUUUUUUUAAUUUAAUAAAUUUGAUAUGGAAAUUCG